AUGGCUACCGAGGAGAAACUGAACCCAGAGAUUGUCAAGCAGGAGGAAGAGUACCUCCGGAAAGUUCACCCCGCCCCCGAGGAUGUUCCCGGGUGCAUGAAGCUCUUCGAUGACUUCCUACUCUGCAAUGUUAUGAGCUCGCAGGCACGGUCGCUGUACCGGUACGGCGAGAUGGCGACAUGCACGCCGAAGCUCGAGGAGUUCAAGUUCUGCAUGAGCCUCAAGGGCGUGCAUCCCGAGGAAAAGCGAGACAUGUGGAUCCGCCGCCGCGCGGAGUGGUGGGCGCGCAGGCGGGCGAGCAAGAGUAGCGAGGACGUGUGGGACAUGAGGACGGAACCGCUGCAGAAUUUCCCGCCGAGGGUGUUUGACCCGAACGCACCACCUCCCCGGACUAUCGACUAG